AUGGCUCCCCCACAGAAACCGGUGGAGAGCGGAGAACAGCAGGAAGACGGGGGUUGUUUAUGGCCAGCUUCGCAAGCAAGAACCCACGCUGUUGACGCUUUUCAGAAGAUGAUGCAGCCCGAUGAGCCGGAAGUUUCUGCUGCUCCAGAGUCGAAUUCAGCGCCGACUGAGAAACCUCGACGAACGACGCACAAAGGUUCUGAUUCAGUUUCGGUGCCCUGUCUUGAGGUGAACGAUAAGGGUAAGAAGGCAGAAGACUCGCCGGACAGCACUUCACCGCAGGGAGCCCAUAAGAACGGUUCUUCCGUGCGAGUGUCUCCUCGAAGUGCUAAGAAGACUCCGCGGGGCCACCAGGCAAGGUCCCUUCGGGGUCACCCGUCAAAGUCCAAGCCUCACCACGUUAGCUGCUCACGAACACAACCUCGGGAUUGUGGAACUCAAGCGUCUGGAGCUAAGGCUGUACAUGAGCACCAGAGACAACAGCCAAAAGAACACAGGGAGCGCCAAUACGAACGUUCGAAGGAGAAAACGGAUGAAAAAAGCCAAGAAGAAGAAGGGCAGCCUUCUGACCCAGAUGCGUUGCCGCCGUCCCUAUCGUUGGAGGCUCGUAGGUCCACGUACUUCAGCAUAUGUCUGAAUUCCUCUCCCGACGAGCUAACUGUUGUGUCGUACAACUUGAACAUGGGAAACUGUUGGGGCCUUUUCGACGAUAACUGGAGAAAACGGGAGGCUGCCCUGAUUCGCUACCUUCUUUGCUUAGAAGAGACACACCACCCCGAUAUACUUUUGAUUCAAGGAGCCUUUUCUACUUCGACGCAGCGCCUCUUGAGGAGGCUCCAUAGGGAAGAGCCAAUGUUUCCCUUCCAGACAAGAGUGGUGGGCGCUGAUCCGGGAUGUUGCAGUACUGAGAACGAGGACGGCUACUGUUCGUGUUGCGGCCACUGCUGGUGGUGCCUGACCCGGAUUUCGAGCAAACCUGAGGGAAAGAACCAACCUACAGCAUUUGUGACGAAAAGCGGCUGGGAUUCUGUAUGCGGAAGCUUCUCACGUUUCAGAGGAAAUGGCGGGAUAGUAAUCCUAUCCAAGUGGCCAAUCCUGCGUCGUCAUGCCUAUAUUUUUUCUUCCUCUGCAUAUCCCCAGUCACUAUACAAUGCAGGGGCUGCUUUGGUUCAGGUGGAAAAGUGCGGAAAGGUCUACAACUUGCUUGCCAUGCAGUUGCAGCCUGGGCCAAACAAUAACGCUCUCCGCGUGUCUCAAGUGAAGGAGGUGAUGGCCUGGGCUAGAACCGGUAUGGAGGAUGCAGAGAAAGUGGAGUUCGCUUCAUGCGAUGUUGAUGCAGCCUUCGCUUCCCCAGGGGAGGGAAGUACUGGCACGGAGGGCUCUGUCGUCUCCAGUGAGAUUACGGGCAAGCCCGAACGAUCGGCCACGCUGAAGGAAGGUCUGCCGGAGCUUGAGCUUAGCAGUCCUCCAGGGAUUACAGAACCAGAACUGGCUAAACCCAAACCGUGUCGUCGUCGUCGCCUUGCCGAGCUUCCUAAGGGCAUUUUGAAGGCCACAGAUCCCCUCAUCAUUGGAGGAAGCUUGAACUUUCGUUUCUCAGCGGAUCGCGCUUAUCUCGCUGAAGCCUUGGGAUCUGAUGGUUUCAGUGCCAAUUUAGCUCUAGAAGAUGCAUCUGUCGCACAGCCAAACUUCGACACGGUCAACAACGAUACAUGCUACCAAGGCCAGGGAUGCCCGGAGAGUCCGAAGCAGGAGCUUCUGGAUUACUUGCUAAUAUACUCUGAACACGCUGGUCGCGUUGCCCGUGGGCAAAGGACGCUGGUGGAUUCUUCCCCAGAGAAGAUCGCCUAUCGCCCUUUGAUAAUGGGUUGCCUACCACGUGCGACAUUGGAAAUGAAGCGGGCAGCGCUCAAAGUGCUCGUCCAGUUCAAAUGUGGCACGUUCACGCUUCCCCAGUGCUUGAAGGUUUCUAAAUCAACAAGGAAAGUCUUGCGGAAGACGGAUUAG